GUACCUUUCCUUUCUUUUUUCAUGGAUAAAAGACAAAAACACAAUGGGAGCCAUCUUUUCUGUAACAUUUUUUUGCUCCCCGUAUUGUGUCCAAAGCAAACAACCGCCAGUCGGAGCAGCAGUACAAUCCGAAUCCGAAUCCGAAUCCUGAGAUGGUUUUUUCAAGUAGCAAGUAUGCACAGACACUUAGCUAAUUUCAUUGGGUACCUGGUAUCUACCAAUGCACAUGCCGGGUAAGUCCGAUAAGUCUGUUUAUCGAGGCUGAAGCAGAUAAGAAGAUAUCACAAAGUGUUUUUCAGAUCUUCUGUGAGAUGAAAGAUAGAAUUUGUUCCCUGAAAUUGCAUCCUCUUAAAACUGAGGAUCACUAGGUUACCUUCCAGUAUGCAGUGCCUAAGACUUAGAUUACUUAUUCCUUAGGAAGGGUAAUGGGGGCCUUUGUAAGGACUACAAGGUUAUCUGGACUGAGAAUCUGACUAUCCAACAUAAGUUCUUAGCGAUAGAUUUGGAUAUUAAGAGAAAGAGGAAGAAAUUAGAAGGAGUUUGUAUGACUGGUCGAGGAUCAAAUGGGGUGGCUUGACCCCAACUAGUGCUCGGGUAAGGGGCUUGGGGGAAUAGUUAUGGUGCUAACAACAUGUGGGUUUGGAUAUCUAGUUGCAUUAUGGAAGCAGCAAGAGAGUUGUUGGGGGUUCUGCGGGGUAACUUUAGGGAUCAUAGAGGGGAUUGAUGGAAUGGAGAAAUCCAAGGGAAAGUGGAACCAAACAAGGUUGCUUAUGCGAAGUUGGUGGGGAGCAAGAGAAAGAGGAAAAGCAGACAAAUAAGAAGAGGUAUAAGGUAACAAAAAAUGUGGGGAAGUUAGUGGUGACAACAGUAAAAACGUCAAUUUUCAAACACUUGGACGUUGAACUAGGGAACAAAGAUGAGGAUAGGAAGAUGUACAGGCUCUCCAAGGCACAAGUGAGGAAGGUUUGAAACUUGGAUCAAGUGAAGUGCAUCAAAGACGAGAAAGGCAAAGAGUUGGUGGAAGAGUCACAUUCGACGAUGGCAGACAUACUUUCAUAAAUUCUUGAAUGAAGUGGGGAGCAAGGACAUUGUGUUGGGUGAUUUAGUGUACUCUGAGAGACGUUAGAAUUUUAGGUACUAUAGGUGUAUUAAUAUUGAGGAGGUUAAGGCUCGUUUGGUUGGGAAACAAGUUAUCCCGGGAUUGGUCAUCCCACCCUCAAGGUGGGAUGAAAAUAACACUACAAUCAUGGGAUAAGUUAUCCCAUGCAUUUUAUCCCAACCAAACAUGGGAUAAGCUCAUCCUAAAAUUAAUCCUGGGAUUAGUUAUCUCUUAUCCCUUGCACCAAACGAGUCCUCGGAGUGUUAUUCAUAAAAUGAGCAGCAGAAGGGCGACCUAGCCAGACCAGAUCCUGGUGGAGUUCUGGAAGAGCAAGCAUAGGGCAGGUCUGGAGUGGUUGAAUGGUUGUUUAAGGUCAUUUUUAAGACAACAAAAAUCCCAGAAGAAUAGAAGUGGAAUACAAUGUCUUCCUUAAUUUGACAACUCUUUAAUUUUAACAUCCCACAUGGUAUGUUCAAAACCACAAGAUUAAAGGACAUUUUGAUAUCUCAGCUGACGGAACUUUUCUAUGCCAGUGAAGAAGAUUCUAAUGUGAAGAUGAUAAUAUUAAAGGGACACGGAAGGGCUUUUUGUGCUGGUGGUGAUGUUUCACCUAUUUUUCAUAAUGCUCGCCAGGGUAACUGGAAAUUCGGUGCUAAUUUUCUCCAAAAGGAGUACACCUUGAACUAUGUGAUGGCAACGUAUAGCAAACCCCAGGUUUCCAUCCUUAAUGGAAUUGUCAUGGGAGGCGGAGCUGGUGCUUCUAUACAUGGUAGAUUUCGAGUGGCAACAGAAAAGUCGGUAUUUGCUAUGCCUGAAACAGCUAUGGGAUACUUUCCCGAUGUAGGUGCCUCUUACUUUUUGUCAAGACUUCCAGGAUUCGUUGGGGAAUAUGCUGGUCUUACUAGUUCUAGGUUGGAUGGAGCUGACAUGCUUGCUUCUGGUCUUGCAACCCACUUUGUAUCAUCAGAUAAAUUGCCACUUUUGGAACAAGCACUAGUAAAAGUCGAUACAAGUGAUCCCGAUGCUAUAUCUGCUAUCAUAAGUCACUUCUCCCACAUACCAAAGUUGAAAGAAGAAAGUCAUUAUCACAGGAUGAAGAUUAUUAAUCGCUGUUUCUCUCGAGGGACAAUUGAAGAAAUCAUAUUUACUCUUGAAAGUGAGGCUUUGGACAAGAAGGAUAACUGGAUCUCUUCAACCAUUCAAUUGCUGAAGAAAGCAUCCCCGACAAGUCUUAAAAUUUCCUUGAGAUUAAUCAGAGAAGGGAGGCUGCAAGGUGUUGGUAGUUGCCUUGUUCGUGAGUCUAGGAUAGCUUAUCAUAUGUUGAGGGGAGAAUUUACCAAGGAUUGUUUUGAGGGAUUCGGAGCCAUACUCAUCGACAAGGAUAGAAAUCCUAAGUGGGAGCCCUCCAGUCUGGAACUAAUUAGUGAUGAUGAUGUUGAUCGUUACUUCUCCAAGAUAGAUGACGAAGACUGGGAAGACCUAAAGCUGCCUCCAAGAUCAAACUUGCCUCCAUAUGCAAUUGCCAAGCUGUAAAAUUUUCUUCUGAAGAUCUUGCAGUACUCUACAGCACGUUGCCUCUGUUUGCUAGAUCAUUAAGAAGGCAUCAACAGUUAUUAAAAUAGCAUAAUGUUAUUGCAAAGUGGUACACCAAAUAAAUGCAUAUCACUCCUUUGUAUGAAAUUUCGAAAUAAGCCAAAGGACAGAUAAAUUACUGCUCAAUAUUUGGCUGAUAGUUGUGUAUACAGAUAUGCAUAUCAUUCCGUUGAAUUGAGAUGUCACACCUCAAGCACAAGGAUAGAUUGUACAAUAAAUAAUAAAUAAUACCUUGCAUGUAAUUUUUGUACUCAGAGAUAAUGUAUCGAUCUUAAUCUAUUGCAAUGUUGGAACCUGCGUUCCAGUCUUCUCUGAA